CCUGAGGCUAUACCCGAUCCAGGACAAACCCGAGAUAUAAUGGGUUCGGGAAAUAGAAUGAAGUUGAACACCGCUUCAAAACAAUCAAAGAUCAUAGCUCGGAAAGUGAUCCUUCAUUACUGUUUGAAGAAUACUUCGAAUGUGAGGAAAGGAAUUGAUGUCCUUCCUGAGGAAAGAAAACUGAUUGAUUGAUUGAUUGAUUGUUGUUGUUGUUGUUGUUACGAUGGAUAAGCUAAGAGAAUUUGGGAGGAAAGCUAUGUUCUAUGUUAGGGUUCUUUCUGGUUACGAAGAACGAAGAAUCAGAUCUUAUCGCUUGCAGCUUCAAACUCGUCUCCAACAGGCACAAGAAAGGAAGGCAGCCCUGAGGAAGAUCCCGGAACAAGUUAUUUUGUCGGAGGUGCGGCGAAUGGUUGAGGAGAUGCAAGCGUUGAAUAAAAAGUUAGAAGAUACGGAAGCUACGAUUGAAGAGUAUUUCAAACCUAUUGACAAGGAGGCUGAGUUCAUAAUGAAGGUGCAGCUUGAGGGAGAGGAGAAGACAAUGAAGGAGAUGAUGAAAGCCAUGCAAAAACAGGCUUUGCUUGAGCAAGCCGAAGCAGAAAAAGUUGCAAAUAUGCAGAAUGCCGAAGCAAAACAACAUAUCCAGGACAAAGCAUCGAGCACCCCAUCCCAAGCUGAAUUGAGAUAAUUCGAAGCAACAUUGGCAACAAAUGAAUGGGGAGUUAACUGUCUGUCUACAAUUGCAUCUCCUGUGGUGGCUCUUUCGGGAUACUUCACAAGGGUUCAUCUGAUAGGAAUGUCGGAGACACAGAAUCCUCCAUGACCUGUUUGAAUAACAUAGGCAAAAACUGUUAAGAACUUUUAUAUAUUGUAAAACCUUUUAUUUCUCUUACUUAGAGGUAACCUCAUGCUUUGUGUUUAAUGUUUUCUGGAUGAUGGUUCUUUUUUUGUUUUUUUACUGAUUCUGUCUGCACCUGUUGUAAACGCCUGACUAGAAAGUUUUUGGUUUGACUGAUUGUUUGUGGUAAUAAAAUGCACCUAAAAGCAUAGGCGAACUUUUUCCUGAU